CGGGAGCCGGCGCGGCUGUGCGGCUACCUGCAGAAGCUGUCGGGCAAGGGCCCGCUGCGUGGCUACCGCAGCCGCUGGUUCGUGUUCGACGCGCGCCGCUGCUACCUCUACUACUUCAAGAGCCCGCAGGACGCGCUGCCCCUCGGCCACCUGGACAUCGCCGACGCCUGCUUCAGCUACCAGGGCCCCGACGAGGCGGGCGAGGCGGGUGCCGAGCCGCCCGCGCACUUCGAGGUGCACAGCGCGGGAGCCGUGACGGUGCUCAAGGCUCCUAACCGGCAGCUCAUGACCUACUGGUUGCAGGAGCUCCAGCAGAAGAGAUGGGAGUAUUGCAACAGCCUGGACGCGGCCAAGUGGGACAGCCGCUCCUCCCCAGCGGCCGGGGGCGAGUUCCCCAAGGGCCUGGUGGCCAGAGACAACACAGAUAUGAUUUACCCGAACCCAAAUGCCUCUGCGGAAACAGCGAGAAAUGUCCUGGCCGUGGAGACCGCGCCGGGAGAGCUGGUGGGAGAACAAGCCGCCAACCAACCGGCCCCGGGGCACCCCAACGCCAUUAACUUCUACUCCCUGAAGCAGUGGGGCAGCGAGCUCAAGAACUCCUUGCGGCCCGGGAGAGGACACAGCGACAGCCGCAGGACUGUGUUUUAUACCAAUGAGGAGUGGGAGCUGCUGGACCCGCCCCCCAGAGACCUGGAGGACCCGAUGGUGCAGGAGGACAAGAAGAAGCCGGGCCCCGAAGGAAACAAAGGAGUGGCUGGCUCGGGAUUCCCCUUUGAUUUUGGACGGAACCCCUACAAAGGAAAGCGCCCUUUGAAAGACAUCAUCGGGUCCUACAAGAAUCGGCACAGCAGCGGGGACCCUGCCGGCGAGGGCGCGUCGGCGGGUGGCGGCGUCGGCAAGCCGGCCCCCGACGUGCAGCUGCAGGUGCACAGCCAGCAGGAGGAGCUGGAGCGGCUGAGGAAGGACCUGUCCAGUCAGAAGGAGCUCGUGCGGCUGCUGCAGCAGACGGUGCGCUCCUCGCAGUAUGACCGGUACUUCAGCAGCAGCCGGCCCGGGGAGGGCAUCCCCAAGGGCCUGCUGGCGCUCCUGCACCAGAAGGACGACCAGAUCCUAGGCCUCACCGGCCAGCUGGAGAGGUGCGGCCUGGAGAGAGAGAGCCUGCAGCAGGAGGUGCGCGCACUCAAGGGCAAGGUCGGCGAGCUCAACGAGCAGCUGGGCAUGCUGAUGGAGACCAUCCAGGCCAAGGACGAGGUCAUCGUCAAGCUCAGCGAGAGCGAGGGCAGCACGUCUCCUCCCCCGGUGGGGCCUGGCUCCCCCCUGGCUGCCCCCGCCGGCCACGACCAGCUGGAGGUGGACAGGCUGAAGGAUAAUCUACAAGGAUACAAAACCCAGAAUAAGUUUCUCAAUAAGGAGAUUUUAGAACUCUCAGCUCUACGAAGAAACGCAGAAAGGAGGGAGCGGGAGCUGAUGGCCAAGUAUUCCAGCCUGGAAGCCAAGCUCUGCCAGGUCGAGAGCAAGUACCUGAUACUGCUGCAGGAGAUGCAGGCGCCAGUGUGCUCGGAAGAGCAGGGCCCCGCGCGGGACGUCAUCGCGCAGCUGCUGGAGGACGCCCUGCAGGUGGAGAGCCAGGAGCAGCCGGAGCAGGCGGUCCUGAAACCUCACCUUGUCAGCGAAUACGACAUCUACGGGUUCAGGACCGUGCCCGAGGACGGCGAGGAGGAGAAGCUGGUGGCCAGGGUCCGCGCGCUCGACCUGAAGACGCUGUACCUCACAGAGAACCAGGACGUCUCCACCGGCGUCAAGUGGGAGAACUAUUUUGCGAGCACAAUGAACAGGGAGAUGGUGCGCUCCCCGGAGCUGAAGAACCUGAUCCGGGCCGGCAUCCCCCACGAGCACCGCUCCAAGGUGUGGAAGUGGUGCGUGGACCUGCACAGGAGGAAGUUCAAGGACGGCGCCGAGCCCGGCUACUUCCAGGCCCUGCUGCAGAAGGCGCUGGAGAAGCAGAACCCGGCCUCCAAGCAGAUCGAGCUGGACCUGCUGCGCACGCUGCCCAACAACAAGCACUACUCGAGCCCCACGUCCGAGGGCGUCCAGAAGCUGCGCAGCGUCCUGCUCGCCUUCUCCUGGCGCAACCCAGACAUCGGCUACUGCCAGGGCCUCAACCGGCUCGCGGCAGUGGCCCUCCUGUACCUGGAGCAGGAGGACGCCUUCUGGUGUCUGGUGGCCAUCGUGGAGGUUUUCAUGCCACGGGACUAUUACACGAAGACCCUCCUGGGAUCCCAGGUGGACCAACGGGUGUUCAGAGACCUCAUGAGUGAGAAGCUGGCCCGGCUGCACGCCCACUUUGAACAGUACAAAGUCGACUACACCCUCAUCACGUUCAACUGGUUCCUGGUGGUGUUUGUGGACAGCGUCGUCAGUGACAUCCUCUUUAAGAUCUGGGACUCCUUCCUUUACGAGGGGCCAAAGGUUAUUUUCCGCUUCGCCCUGGCGCUUUUUAAGUACAAGGAAGAGGAGAUCCUGAAACUGCAAGACUCCAUGUCCAUCUUCAAAUAUCUCCGCUACUUCACCCGCACCAUCCUGGACGCCAGGAAGCUCAUCAGCAUCUCCUUUGGAGACCUGAACCCCUUCCCCCUGCGCCAGAUCCGGAACCGGCGCGCCUACCACCUGGAGAAGGUGCGGCUGGAGCUGACGGAGCUGGAGGCCAUCCGCGAGGACUUCCUGCGCGAGCGGGACAGCAGCCCCGACAAGGGCGAGCUGGUCAGCGACGAGGAGGAGGACACCUGAGCCCCGCCCUGGACGCUGCUGCUCUCACCGCCAGUGCGCCCGCGGGCCGGGCCCAGCGCUCCCUGGGAUGUGCAGCCGCGCCCUGCCUGACCGGGAGCCCUCGGCACUUCCCAGCGGGCUGUUGGGGGCGUCCGUUUGUGGCGCCCGCCCCUCGGCACCCUGACCUUGCCGGCGCUCCCAUGUUCUCCCAGCAGCGAUGGGCACUGCGUGCGUGUUUUGGCGGCUGCACAUGGCAGGUGCAGGGAGUGUAGGGGCCGUCCUUGGAAGACCAAGGCUGCCCCCAGCCCACGCCACCAGCCAUGCCCGUCGCUGGACUUUGCCCAAGGGGGCCCCCAGCCCGAGUGGUCAGCCUGGCCGCCCCGGCCAGCCCCGUGGAAAACGCUGCCUCAGCUGGGCGCUGGUGUGGAAGGCGCUCUCCAAGUACAGGAGGGCUGGGCUGGCAGGUGAACUGCAGAGCAGGCCCCCGGGCCGGCCUCGGUGGAGGGGACAGGGAGCUUCUCUGGGCGGCUCUGGGGGGCGGGGUGUGGUGCAGAGUGAGCCAUCUUGGACAGAGCCGGUGUGGGGUGGGGAUAUGGGGCUGUCAGGGCCCAGGGCUGGGGGUCACUCUGGUGUCUCUGGGGACGCCGGCUCUGCGAGCCAGAGCACGUGGCUGUGGUGGCGGAGUGUGUGCAGCUGUGUCCAGGGGGCACCGUCUCGGUGCAGCCUCCCUGUGGUGUUUGGUGUGGGACACACUUGUCUGAGCUCCGCCCACCUGUUUUCAGUUGCUUUUUUUUUUUUCUUUUCUGUGUAGAGAGAGCUGGUCUCUAACAAGCCAAAAGCCAUGGUUCCUUCUCAGGAAUCAGAAGUGGGGUUCCUCUUGCUCUUCUGUUUGUUGGCUGCGGUCCAAGGCCCAGCUGCUUUGGGAGGUGACCCUGAGAUGCAGACCUGGCUGUCUCGCUGCUGGGACCACACGCUGGGGGCUCCUGGCCACCGCCCUGGGGCGACACGAUGGCUGUCAGCAUGGGGGAGGGUGGGGGUGGGCCCACUGCAUCAGCUGCCGUCCUGGGGCCCACUCGCGGCCCUGAAGGAUCUUACGAGCACUACCGCUGGGGAGUUGAGACUGGAGCCCCGAGGGAGAAGACCUGGAGGAGCCUUCCCGGCACCAGCGCCUGGCGUCCUGGGAGCCGGCGGCAGAGGGAGCCCUGGGCCUGGCCCACUCUAGGGGCGGGAUGAGCUGACUCCUCCUCCUGGAGCUGCAGGUCCCAGUGUUUGCAGCCAGCACUCCCCCCCACCCCCACCCCUCGAGGGCCCCUGAGGUCCCCCUACCUCCGCCAGCGCCCUGGGUGGCAGCGGCUGCCUCACUGCGGUCAUCUGGACCCGUGCCAACACCAGCCGUGGCCCUGCAAGGGCGGCCUUGCCAGCUGUCCUGGCGCCCCCGGGCAGGAAGCCCCAGGGUGGCCCCAGCCUGCUUGCCCUGUGCCCGUACCGGCCAGCAGAGGCCCCCUCACCCCGUGGGGACGGCCAGCUCCCGCGUCCACGGGGUUUUUAUUGGCCCUGUUAGUACUUGUGUAUAUUUUCACUACAGUUUCUAUUUUUAUAGGCUAUUUUAUCAAGGUUUUUCUCUACCGUGCACAUCUAUUUUAUAUAGCAAGUCCUGACCGCGCGGGUGUGUGAGGCCCGGGGCCCCCGCACCCGCCGCGCCUGGUGCCACCAUUUCCCGCGGGCCUGCCGGACUUCCUGUGCGAUGCCCCUGCUCGCCCCAGCCCGGCGCUGCGGGAAGCUGUUCUGGUGUCUGCAUUGUGUGGACAGAGGAAGUCAGGGAAACACCAGGCCAAACGCCCGUGUCAUCGCCCCCACGCCCUGCGCGGCGCUGCCUCCAGCCCGCCACGGGGCGUCCUCGCAGGGCAGGCUGGGGGGUCGCUGCCCGGCCACACUGUCCUUUCCCACGCGGCGGCCUCGCUGCCCAUGCACACGUUACCUUUUGGAGCGGUGGUCACCACGGGAAGAAUAAAAUACUAAUUUGUACAA